CGCCGUACCCCGUUGCUAAUUGCCAUGGACAACUCGUCGACGGUGCUCAUCACUAGCACCUCGUCGACGUUGGCUGAGGAUGCGAUGGACAACCCCUGCAACGCCACCGAUGAGUACCUACUCGUUCCCCGCUUCUUUCUUGCUGUCGUCUUCGGUGUCGCUCUUUCCAUCAUCAGCAUUUGUUUCAACAGCUUCAUAUUCGUCGUCUUCGUCACCAGCAAACAGCACAGAAAUUCCUACAAUCUCUACCUACUGUUGUUGUCGCUCUUUGACGUCUUCAUAGGAAUAUCGUAUAUAGCUGUGAUAUCGAACAAUGUACUAAUCAACUGGACGGCUAGCUACAAGCUUAAAGCAAUAUGGGUCUCUUACAUGGUUCCAAUGUUGACUAUAUCUCAUAUUGGCAUCACCGCUUCCACUUACCUGAUCACCUUCGCCGCCAUCGAAAGGUACUGCAUUACGGUGAACAGCAACAAGGUGGCGUUCCUACAGCAUCAUCGGAAAACGAUCGCUUUUAUCGCUGUGAUGGCUGGUAUGAUUAGUAAAGGCACGAUGCUUGAAGAAGUUACGAUUAGAACGAAUCCGCAAUGCAUCGGUAUGUUCAACGAAUGGGAAGUGAAACCAUCGGAUCUGGUUAUUGAAAACGUACUGUUCAACAAAAUAUGGCGAUUCUAUUUCAGGAAUAUUUUCACUAUCCUUGCGCCUUUCUUCAUUUUACUUUACCUCAACGCUGGACUUAUUUACAGGUUAGUUCCGGCUAAAGUACUAUCCUCUUUUCUCGUGAGAGAGAACAAGCUUAGUUACCGUUCCUGCUGGUUGUACCGAUAUCUUCCGUUCUAUGUGCUCUCUGUAGCACUGCUCUCACUGCUCACUGUCAUCGCCUCUUGCCUCAGACUUCCUAUUUACAUCACCUGCCAGCCAUUGCUUCGGAAAGAGAUGUAUCAGUUUCUAUGUGAGUUUUGCUUUUUCGGUUGA